AUGGCUGACCAUAGACCGGCUCCGAGAAGUGGCCGAGACAUUCGCCUCUCGACCGCGACCAUGAGAGCACUCAACUCUCAACGCCUACGGCCAAGAACGAGCAUCAUCCGUAGUUUAGCACGGAGCUACUAUUUUCUUUUCUUCAUCCUAAUCUUUUUCCUCCUUCACGGUGUUUCUUCGCGGAGUGUAUCCUACGAUGAUAUUGACAAGCACGAGAAGAUUACUUCGGAACCAUCAGCGCAGAAGAUCGAUCAGGUAAGACUAAACGAAACGAGUCGAAAGAAACUUUCAGGAUCGAUCGAUUGGCACGAACAAGAGAAGAAAUUGAUCGAGGAUGAAGUCAAAAUAACUGAAAGGAACGUCGAGAGGAAUGAGACUUCUAUUGCAAAAAAGAGACGACGGAACGAUUUAACGUUACCCGUUAAGAGUGUAGUCCAAGAAACAGAAGCAAGUUUUAUCGGUAAUGCCGAAGGUGAUGCCAUAAAGAACGAAGGCAUUCGUAGAUUUGACGCUGAAGUAGAAUCGGUGGACGAGAUAGAGCUACCGAAUGAUCAAUCUUCGAAGAUCAAUGUAGAUCGUAAUAACGGACUGACCAAAGGUGAACGCUCGCAGAAAAAGGCUAUCAAGGUUGACGAUGUCAAGAACAAUGACGAUAUCGUUCUAGAUAUUCCGGUAGAAAUAAAAACCUCAAAUCAAAGCGAUGAGAUUGCUAAAAUAGAGAUUGAUAAUACUUUAGCGAUAAAAGAAGACAUACGUAACAAUCUUCGAAGUUUGAUUGCCAACGAAGAAAAUAUUUCUGAAAUCGAUCGAAAUAAAGAAUCGAAUCCAAUAACAAUGACCGAAUCAAUUAAAUCGAAAAGAGAACAAAGAUAUUUAGAGGAAGCUCGAGGUAAGUUUAAGCACAAAAGCUCAACCGUGUAUUUGAGUGCCGAGGAUGGUUCCGAAAUUCCCGAUAACGAAGAAAAAUCGAUCGUUGAUAGCCAAAUUAAAAAAUUGAUAUCCAUUCGCGACGAUGCACUAGGUUUGGUAAACGAUAACGUAAAAAAUAAGAAAAAUGUUGACGAAGUUAAGGUUCUUAAUGAAGCAAAAUUGCUUGGAAUCGACGAUGUGAUUGUAACCGAGGAAAACAUUGACGAGGUUAGAAAUCAACGAAGUAAUUUAUCGGAUGUCAAAUACCAGAAUAACAUCCGGGCUUCUUCCUCUUUAAAUAGUAUCGAUGAUCGUCUUCAAAGGUGGAGAAAUCAGGCGAUGUUGCUACAAGAACAAAUAAAAAAUCGUACCUUCGUUCAAUAUUUAAAAGAACACGCGAUCGACGUACUCCCGGAAAUUCCGAAAUUUAAUGAAAAUCAAUUGUUGGAAACGCUGAAGGAUAUCGUUGCUUCGAAAAAAUCGACGAACUUAAGCGAAUCAUAUUCCAGUCAAUUGAACGCGACAGAUUUGACCAAAAAUCAAAUUGAUAUAAUCAAGUGCGCAGAACAAUUGGUCGAAGUAAAGCAAAGACAAUCUUUCGUUAGCAACAUGUACGAGUGUAUUAGGGGACUUAGCGUGUUGAAUUGCAUGAGGAUCUUUAUAUGGCCGAUCAUAACCGAUAAUAUUCCAGAAUCUAUCAGUCAAGUAUUUGCUGCUAAUAUACCUAUAGAAAUAAAUUUGAUCGAUCUGUUUCAAGGUAAUCGAGAAAAAAUCGAUAGAUCUUCUUCCAGCGUCCAUCAGAAAAGAUUAUUAACACCGGAAUCCGUGGUAUUAUCGAUAUUAAAACAAGCAUUAGAAUCGCGUCUCGAGGUAGAUAAGCCACCAUACUUGAUUGACUCAAAGAAUAAAACUUUUCAAAAGUUGCUGACACCUGGACAAUUAGAGAUCCUUCAAUUAGGUGAAAAACUCUUACCUCUAGAAUUACGUCGUGAAUACACUGACAAAAUGUUUUCCUGCGUGCGAAGAUUCGAAUAUCUCAGCUGUUUAAGAUAUUUCGCAUGGCCCAUGAUGAAACAAUAUUUUCCAACUCUACCAGCUUUUCCAGAUUAUCAAACUUGGUACCCAAGUAUUACCAUAGUUCCUGAAUAUCCGAUCGUUCCGUUUCCUGGUUUCUCCGAUGAGAUCGGAGAACUUCCUGAGGUCGUCGAUUCCGAUGCUACUAGAAUGAGGAAACCUACGCCGGAAACAGUGAUCAUACACGUUUUACGGAAUACUCUCAAGGAUUAUCCAAGAGUAGAAUCGACAUCGUCUCUCUAUGAGGAACCAACGAACUUCUACACGACUGUAAUUCCUCCGGAUCAAUUAAUAACCAUACAAAUGGCCGAGCAAUUUAUUCCGCUCUCUUAUCGGCCGGAAUUUGUUCAAAAAACUGUUCGAUGUAUACAAGAAUAUAAUUAUUUAACCUGUAUGAAAUAUUCGACUUGGCCCACCGUUAAACAAUUCAUUCCAAAUCUUCCCGAUUUCUCUUCUUUCUUCCCAGACAUCCAGAUUCCCGGUUUGUCCGAUUUAUUCGCAUCUUUUCCAAGUAUUUCACCAACUUUUUCGGAUUUUUUCGGACUUAUACCAAAUGUACCAAGCAUACCAAGUAUACCAAGUAUACCAAAUAUACCAACUAUACCAAAUAUACCUACGCAAACAAUACCUAUGUCACCACAAAUUCCACAAAUGAUACCAACUCAAGCGCCUAUUUCUAACAUAUUGUAUAGAAAAAAUGAUGAUCCUCGUUUGAAUUUGGAAUCUAAAAUUAUCGAAACACUGGAACAAGUUCGGAACUCUUUAAAAAGCGUAAACGAGAUUCCUUCGCAAACAGUCUCUGGAAACGUGAUAAUUUUGACGACCCUGACGGAGAAACAAUUUGAAAUUUUGAAAUUGGCCGAAAAUAUUCUUCCGCCGUCAGCUCGUGCCACAUUUCUCGCACAAGUUUUGAGGUGUCUUCAAGAUAAAAACGAUUUUAUGAAUUGUACACAAUAUAUAAUCUGGCCAUCGAUAGCAUAUUAUUCACAAAAUUUGCCAGAAUUUUCGCAAAUAGAAAUUGAAACUUCAUCGAAUGACUCAUCGCUUUUAGAUAGUUUAACGGAAAGCAAACAAAUUUUGCAAAACUCGACGAAAUAUAUUCAAGAAGCGAUCGAUCCUGAUAUUUUAGAAAAGUCUACCGUAAAAAUAAUGUCUAGAACGUCUGCUCAAGCUGAGCCUGUUUUGAAAACAACUUCUCAACAAAAUAAUGUUCCUGUAAUUAGUAUAACUGGUACAAGAUUCGUGCCAAUAUAUACGGAACAUCCUGAAUCCGUCAUAUUCAAUAUCUUAAAAAAGAUUCAACAAUCGUCCCCGAACGUUGUUAACGCAUCAUCGAACGAAACUGUCAAAACGCAACUUUUUUACGAUUUAUUGAACGCUCAACAACAAUUAAUCGUUAGAAUUACAGAGAAUUUGAUUCCUGAAUCAACCAGAUCUGAGUUUGUAGAUCACAUGAUCAAAUGUGUUAGCGAAUAUAAUUUUAUACUUUGCUCGAGAGACAUUCUCUGGCCUACCUUGAUUGAUUACUUCCCAGGAGUUCCGAGUUUCCCGAAUUUUGGUAUAUUUUCAAACGUACCGAAUAAUGGAAAUUCUAUUUCUUCUCUUACGUCUCAUAAUCUAACAGAAAAUAGUUCGAAUGCGGAGGUUUCUCAUCUUUCGGAGACAAAUGUUAAAACCGGACAACAUGGAGAUGCAAGAGUGACAAUAACAGAUACAAGAUUUGUUCCGAUUUUCACCGAACAUCCCGAAGCUAUAAUCUUUAAUAUUUUGGAAGCAGUAAGAAUUUCUACACCGAAUUUACCACGUAUCGAUUCACUCACGAGAAAAGAAGAUUUAUUGCAUUAUUUCACGGAUAGACAAUAUCAAAUAAUUCAAACAGCAGAAUGUCUUUUGCCAGAAUCCGAACGUGUUGUUUUCAUUGAGAGAAUGACCACUUGCAUUCGAAGAAAUACAUUCUUAGAAUGCACCAAAGAUAUCACUUGGCCAACGAUUCAUCAGUUUUUCCCUAGAUUGCCAAGUUUCCCUGAAUUUGGGAUUUCACAAAGUAUAGCUAGAACAAAGCUACCUUCGUCAUUAAAUAUAAGUAUUUCAGAUUUCAAAUCCGAAGAGGAUAGAGCGGAUCUUGUCAACGAGCAAACAUCACUGGAACAUUUUCAAAAGAAAAUAGAAAUAAUUUUGGAAGAAGCGUUAAAAAAAGAUUCGAGACCACGACUUGAUCAUUCCUACUUGGAUACUAAUAAUCCAAUAAUACAAACUGUAUUAACAAAACAACAAACCAAUAUUAUCAGACUUAUGGAACGAGCAUUACCGGAUCCUGUAAGACCAACAUACGUUAUGAAAAUGUUAGAAUGUAUGCGUACUAAUAAUUUUAUAGCCUGCAGUCAACAUGUUAGCUGGCCUACCUUGAAAACCUAUCUCCCAUCUUUACCAAAUUUUCCGCAAUUUGGCGACUACUUUUCUCAACUGCCUGACAUCAGUCAAGUACCAGGCAUAUCAGGAAUUCCUCAAUUACCCGGUACAUUACCAUUGGCUGAAAUACCUAACUUACCUCAACUUCCACCCAAUAUCCCUUCUCUUCCAGGUAGUAUUCCACAGCUACCAGGGUUAAUUCCCCAAAUACCAGAAGGAACGAGUCAGUUUCUCGAUCUAUCGCAAUUAGGAAACAUACCGGUAGCUAUUAGGACGAUUGAAUAUCCGAAAGAGAUAAUAGCUGCUGUACAACAGUCAUCGGCCGUAACACUUGAUUCAGAAAAAACAAGGCAGUCAUUGGUAUCACCGUCGACACCGUCAGUAGAUGAUCAAAGCAUAAUCCCUGGAUAUCUUGGUCAACCAUCUGGAACCCUCAUAGAUAUUUCUAUGGAAAAAGUCAAUUUGUCUGAUAAGGAACAAACGGAAUCCGAGUUGCCGAUUAAAGAAGUUAGAAAACGAAGAAGUGUUGUGGAUCUUUUCAAAUCUUAUCCACAAAGGAUGGAAACUGAAAGGAAAAAUUUAAAGGAAUCCGAAUCAACUUUUCCAAACAUUGACGAAUCCGAAUUUUUGCAAUUAUUGAUCCAAGUCUCGAGAUUAAAAAAUCUGACAAACGAUCGAUAUUCGAAUAAUGAAAAAAAAUAUUUCGUAGACACUUUGAAUUCUACUAUAAGGGAUUCCUUGACUGCCGAUCAAUACGAGAUACUUAAAAAAGUAGAAGAUUUGAACGCAGCUACGUCGAAACGAAGUUUCUUGUCGAGAAUUGUUCAAUGUAUUAGCAGUUUGAGUUUCAUCAGGUGCAUGGGCAUAUUCGUGUGGCCAGUUAUAUCUAGCAAUUUACCAUCUCUACCGUCUUUACCAAGUUUCAAUCCAUUCGGAAGGUCGAUAGAGACAGAGAUUGAACAAUUCUUUGGAAUGUCCACAUUCGAAUUCGAAAAAGAGUUAUUAGCCAGGAAGGAAUCGAUCGAGAACUUUUUGUUAGAAACCUAUAAAAAAUUAGCUGAAGAUAAGUUCCAAACCAAUUGGGGUUUUUUAAAGAUAAGAGGCUACGGUAAUGGGGAAGUUGGUAUAAGCUUCGCAGGUUUUCGCGAAGGUCGGGGUACAAAAAUAAAGGAUAAUAAGAAUUUACCUAGCAUUCUUACGAUCAUCAGUGAUAUCAUGGAAGAAGUAUUAGAUCAGAGACCAGAUUCAGAUAAGAAUAAAAAGGACAAAGAUAAAAGGGAUAGGAGUUUAAACGAUAAUUUCCAGGACAUAGAUUAUCAAUAUUUAAAGUAUAACGAUGACGAUGAUAAGAAGACAAAAGAUCGAUCGAUAAACGAUGAUCAGAUCAUUAGCAUGUUCCUUGAUAAAAUAAAAUCGAACAUUUCGGACAAUAUAGAAAGUGGUUCACAAAAUUAUCUCAGUUUGGAAGAUGCCUACGGAGCAUUCGAAGUUCUUUUUGGUACUCGAUUGAAUCGUAAGUUUAUGAAUAAACUCGAAUCCUUCAAAGUGGACGAUCUAAGAUCGUUGAGAAAAAAAACUACUAAUGAAUUUGACAAAACUAUAGACAUCGUGCCUCUCAACUCGGAAACGAAUAAGUCGGAAUAUUUAAGGGUUAUUCCGUUAGACGCUAGAUUAAAUUACGAUUUGGAAAAAGAAUCGGACGAUCAAACAUCAAGGAACAGACAAGAUCGCACGAAGAACACAUUGAGAUCGUUCGUGAAUGAAUAUUCAGAUUCUUACUUGCAGGAGACAAAAGUUGAGAGAUCCGAGGGUAAUCUGUUGAACGAAUCUGAUAUCGAAAAUAGUAUAAAACAAGACGAUAAAGUUUUUGAGAAUGAUAUUCGUACAAAACUGACGAUUCAGUUACCCCAUCUUAAUGAGGACAUUGUCCCUAAAAAGAUCACAAAUACGAUCAUGGAAUUGGGUCGAAAUAUGAAAAUGAAAAUGAUGCAAAUGUUGCCUGGAAUAGGUUUUGUCAUUUCUUUCCUGAUACAAACGGCGCUUGCUCAUGCACGUGCAGCUGCCACUAUGGCCGGGAUGCUCAGCAAUAUGGCUCUAGGUUCGGCCAUGUUUGCAAUGAUUCGUCAAGCAUUCUUUGGACCGAGCACUCAUCCUAAAAUAAAAUACGUCUAUGACAACGAUAAGACAGAACCGGGUGUAGUUUGGCCACCUAAAGGAUAUUACGCGCCUUAUUACGGCUAAAAGUAAUAAAUAAUUGUCUGCGUUGUUUUAGAUGUAAUUACGUACGGUUACAUUACCGUCCUUUUUCGUUGGAUUAGCUUUAAUAACGUUUAAUUUUAACGCAUAUCGUUUAAUUACGUACUAUCGACGCUCGAAAAGCAUCAAUCGCUUUCAAUGAACUUCGCUAUUACGUAGAUAUUUUGCAAUACUCAUCGACGUUUCGCAAGAAAAAUUCUCGUUUAACGUUAUGUAAGGUAGUUUAAUGAUAUAUCACCCACACCCAUACACACAUACACACACAUACACAUACACACACACGUACAUACAUUCGAUAAAAAAAAACAGGAGUAAAAGGGUUCGUAUAUUGUAUUUCGACAAAUUAGCGUUUAUCGUAAGGGUCAAUGCGAUUUUUUAGGUAUGAGGCAAAUAAUAUUUAUUUUUCCUGGGGUCUUCACGGUGAAGGGUGACGCAUUAUCAUUUAUCUUCUUUAUGAUUUUCAUAUAAUCAAAUUACUUGUCAUUUAAGUUCUUUAAUACUUUAAUUAUAAUAUGAUUUAUAAUUUAAUGCAAUAGGAUAGAUGUGAAAAACGACCGACGGAUCGUUAUUUCGUAGAGAUUAAGACUGUCAAUGAUAAUCUCUGAUUAUGAGUUAUUAACGAAUAAAAUAUACAUAUUA